GGUUAGUGCUUUGCUCAAUGGCAGCAUGUAUAAGCAGAAAAGUAUUAUUUAGCGGUUCUUUUUCUUUCUUUAUUUCAACUUUUAGGGAUAGAUUGUUUGAAUUAUGGGAACAAGGAAAGAACAUAAGAACAAAGCCGAAAGUAAACAAUUAAAAUUCAAUUUAGUUGCAAGAUGUGUACAUCAAUUUGAUAUCAGCAGGUCCAAACAUACAGCUUUUCUUAAAAAGUACAUCUUAAGCAGUGUAGCAAGUCAGGUGAUUAGCCAUGGCACACCGUAUUUAAAGAAAAUAUCAUACAUUUGAGAUACUUAGCCAAGUAAGCCAUAUAAAAGGCUUUGGAGAUGCAGAUGAGGCUUUUUAAAGUUUUCAACCUAGUUGUGAGCUUCUGCUUCAUGCUGACAAGUGUCGCAGAUGCUUUUGUGAUCCAAGCCUAAUUCGCUUAGCAACAGUUACUCAGUAGGAGCCUCAGUUUCUCUGAUGGCCAAGUGAUAGGCUGAGCUCCUUAACACCAGACCUGUGGGAGAAACAGGCAGCCCCUUGAAGAUGCCAUCUCACCAAACAAUGCUGAAAUACUCCUCUCGUUUCCACUAAGAUGUACACAUCAUAGGAAAACACCAGUUUAACUCAGCUUUGCCUACAACAACUAAGGUUUCACUUCUCGAACUAGUCCACCGUGCCAAAGUUUCAUUACCUGGGGAGCAGAAAACCAAUUGAAUGCCGUCAUGAUCAGGAAUCCAGAUUUCGACACCUUUGUAUGCUGCGCAGUUUGUUCCAAACUAAUCCCGCCACCUCCUACACCAGAGGCCUUUGAUCGGAUUAGGGAAUAUAAACCUUUCAAAACUCGGUAUUAUACACACAAAGAUAUACUGGAACUUGGAGCUGACCUUAAGCAAGAGGAAGCAGAAAGAAGAGAAAUCGAAAUUGAAAAACGAAUUGAAAAAGUACGAAAACGUCUCCUACUUCAGGCUGAGUCAGAAAAAGAGGAUGCAGUGGAAGAUGCUCUCAGUCGUGCUGAUGCAUUGCACAAGAAAGACCUUGAAGAUCUUAGAAUCAAAGAUGAACAAGCAUUACAGGAAGCUGUGAAGAAUACACAGAUUGAAAUGCUGCAUCACUUGGAAGUUGAGCUGAAGAGAGAAUCGGAAGCUGCAGAGCAGCGGAUGACUCACAAACUUCACCGGCUCAUAAAGCAGUUCAAUCUGGAGAAGGCAACAGCUACAGCUGAAGUAAGACAGGAGGAGAGACAGAAGAUAGCUGGAAUCCUUGCAGCACAAAAAAAGAAAUAUCAGGCACAACUUGAACAAGCUGGGGAGAUUGCUCAUGAAAUUUAUGAGAGGAAUCUGAAAGAAUUAGCCUUGGAGAAAAAACAUGAGAUGGACAUUGCACUUUCAAUCUCCCAAAAAGAGUUUAAGGAAGAAACUGAGAGAUUGCUCAAGAAUGCUGAAAGCAUCCGUGAAGCUCAGGUUGAAGAGGUGGUCCACGAGGUGAAUAGAAAAGACAGUGAGAUCCUGACUCUUCAUCACCAUCUGGAAAACAUGACAUCUUGGAAAGAUAGUCUGGAAGCUGAAAUCCUGGAAACAAGAGAAGCAUUUCAGAAAUAUAUCAACCACACAUUUCCCCAGCUUGCCCCAGGACAAGCAGAUUUUAUCUUGCCAUUCAGAAAAAUAUGUCCAUUCUCAGAAGCAGAUUUUGUAGAGCUGACUCAAGGGACAACACUUGCGAAGGAGGCUCUCUGAGGAUCUGUCUGUUUGCUGUGAACAUCCAGGCAUAGUGCAGGGGAGAAUUAAAAUCAUUUUCUCUCACUACUAAA